UCUAGUUUUCAGCGCACGCCGCCGGCCCUGCCCUAGCCUCCGCUCCUCUCGCCUAGCCGCCGUCCUCCGUCUCGAACUCUCGAUCCCGCGCCCCUUGUACGGUGAGCUCGCCGCCCGCGUCCCCACUCGUUUACAGUUUACACCACCGCGCCGGCCGCUAUAGCGCUAUUGCAGGUUCCUCGGGACGACGACCUCUCGGACCUUCUUCGUUCGCCUGCCUUCAAUUUUUCUAUUGGAUCGUUCAACUCCGCCGUUUCAAGAGAUUUCUUUUUUGAUUCUGCGUCUUAUUAGCUGCGGAAUUCGGGGGCCGUCAUGGACAAGAUUGCUGAAUCAUGUAGAAUCAGGUGUGGCGUGGGGUUUGAAAGGGUUUAAGUAUAAUGUAACCUUUUUUUUUGCAGGAAUUGAAAAUGCCCGAGCAUCUCUUCCAGGACUCCUUCAUCGUCAUCGGGCUCGAUCCUGAUGGUAAAAAGUUCGACAAAGUUUCUCGUGUGGAAGCUGAGAGCGAGGAUUCUAGUAUAUAUAUGCAGCUAGAUGUUGCCAUAGAGGUUUAUCCAAUGCAAAAAGGCGAGAAAUUUAAAAUGGUCCUAGCUAGUACUCUGAAUUUGGAUGGCACUCCAGAUACUGGCUACUUCACACAGGCUAGCCGAGAAACGCUGGCUGACCAGUUUGAGUAUGUCAUGCAUGGGAAGCUAUACAGAAUCUCAGAUUACACCACCCCCAAACAAGAUCCUAAAGUGGAGAUUUUUGGAUCAUUCGGUGGUCUCCUGAUGCUGCUCAGGGGUGAACCUUCCAUUGCUGGUAGCUUUGAGCUGGAUCAGAGGAUUUUCCUACUUAUACGCAAGGUGUAGAAGUAGGUCAGGAAUGUGCAAACGCCAUUAGUAUCGUCCUGUUGGCAGUUCAUUUCGGUCAAGGCUUGUUGUUUGGCCAUACUAGUAAUGAUGUCUUGUUAAAUGUUAAUCCAUGCACGGCUCCUG